CCUGCAGCCAGCGGGAUGAUGGGCUGGAUUGACCGGGUGGUCCCCCAGCCCCCGGUGCCCCAUGUGACAGAGGAGACCCCUGUGCAGGAGCUGCAGCCAGCUAAGGUGAGCAGGGAGCUGGCUUGGGGGGAGCUUGCCUUGUUUUCCCCUGCUGCUAUUGAAGAAACGGAAAAGAAAGUGACCUUUGUGGUUUCUGAGGACUCGGGUUCUGUGUUUGACAGUGUGGGGAGCAGUGUGCUCUCCUGGCUCUCCCAUGGACUGGAGAAGGUGAUUCCCCAGCCAGCCCCAGCCCCAGCCCCAGGGCUGCAGGCACUCGGGAAGAGCUUUGAGACAAGCGUCGACAUUGCUGAUGAGACAGAGGUCCAGGUCCUUGGGAAUGAGGACGACGAUGGUCUGGGUAAGGAGAGCUGGGAGUUUGUAGUAGUAAUGCCACCUCCCCGGCUGGUGACGCCGGCACUAUUGUCCCCUUGUGCUGGCUGAUGGGGGCACCUGGAGCUGCCAGCAGGGCAGAUUCCCCACGCCCACAGCAGCGCUCUCCCUGCAGAGAUAACUCCCUUCGAUGCCGAGGAGGAUGUCUCCGAGGUCGAGCCGGAGACAGCCCCGGAGGAGUGGACAGGAACACGGGUGCUCAGCUGGCUGUCCCAGGGCUUUGAGAGGAUUCUGCCACAGCCAGAGGGGAUGAAAAAGCUGGAGACAGAGCCGAAGGAGAGGAGCGAGGGCGCGGUGGAAGGCACAGAGGGCACUGAACCCCCGGCGAAGUCGCAGCCCGGCGCUGCGGGCACACAGGAGGCGGUGGCACCGGGCCCGGGGGCUGCGCUGAGCGCUCGGGCCGCGGCUGCGGACGGGCUCAGGAUGUUCAGCUGGUUUGUCCAGGGGCUGGAGAAGGUGAUGCCACAGCCGGUGACCAGGGAGAAGCAGGACACACAGGGAGUGGCCACAGCAACGCCGAGUCCUGUGGAACAAAUUCAUGCAGCCCCUGGGGAACAGGAGGAAACCCAUCUGAUCCUGAAAGAGAUCGAUGAGAGCCAGAUUGAUGAAGCGAUGCUGGCCUGGGCUCACAGGGCUGAGCUGCAGGCAGAUGCUCAUUCCCUUCCCACCAUACAGGAGGAACCUCAGGAAGAGGAAACCAGGAAACCCCUGCUGGGGAAUUCCCAAGGGCUGGGCAGACAGCUCCCCCUUCCCACACGGGCAGUGCUCAGCUUUGCUCAGCACAAGGAGUGCCCUGAGCCACUGGCUCAGCAGAGCUCGGCCAGAAAACACGGGACACGCAGAGCCCCUCGUGUGAGCCUCACAUACACCUCGGGGGUUCCAGCUCAUGAGUUUCUCCUUUCCAGACUGUCUUUGUGCUCCCCAAACACUACCGAGGAGGAGGAGGAAAAGGAGGAGGAAGAGAGAAAGAAAGAGGAAGAGGAAAGGAAGAAAGAGGAGGAGGAGGAAAGGAGAAAAGAGGAAGAGGAGAUGAAGCAAGAAGAGAAGGACAGGAAAGAGGAGGAAGAAGAGAGGCAGAAAAACGAAGAGGACAGGAAAAAGGAGGAGGAGAUGGAGCAAGAGGAGGAGGCCAAGAAAAAAGAGGAAGAGGAGUGGAAGAAAGAGGAAGAGGGCAGGAAAAAGGAGGAAGAGGAGAGGAAGAUAGAGGAGGAGAACAGGAAAAAGGAGGAAGAGGAGAGGAAGAUAGAGGAGGAGAAGGACAGUAAAAAAGAGGAAGGGGGCAGGAAAAGAGAGGAGGAAGAGGAGAGGAAGAUAGAGGAGGACAGGAAGAAGGAGGAAGAGGAGAGGAAGGAGGAGGUGAAGAGGAAGAAGGAGGAGAGGAAAAAAGACAAGGAGAAGAAGGAGGAAGAGAGGAAAGAGGAAGAUAAGAAAGAGGAGGAGCAGGAGGAGAGUGCAGAACCCCUGCUGCAGCCUCCUUGUCUCCCUGCUGAUGAGGGGGUGGAUGAAGCCUGCCUUGCCCAGGAGGCCCUCAGAGUUGAGCAGCUGGAGGAAGCUGAGAUAAGUAAUCUGGAAGGUGCCCUUGUGCAGCUGCAGAUGCCUUGUCCUUUGCUUGAAGCACCUAGCAGGCUGCUGGCAGCAUGGCCAGGCGGGCCCGGGACGUCGAGCUGCACCGGCUGGUGCAGGACACCAGGGGCUGGCAGGGACCCCUCCCCUGCUGCCCACGGGGCUCGGGAGCUGCUCCCCAAUGUCCCCAGCUCCCGAGCCCCCGCUGCCACCCGCGGCCCCGGCCCUGGCGCCAGCAAGCCAAAGGCUGGAGUUGUCAACCCCAAUUUUUGCACUGAGGAGCAAUCCCCACUAGGUGACUCCCCCAGCGUGGAGACGGAGGAUGUGGCCAGCCCAGGCCAAGCUGAGGAGAUCCAGGGCGGGCACGGAGCGCUGCCAGCCCCCGAGCUGCUGGCGGUGCCCGGCGCAGCCUCCCCCAGGAGGAAGCGACUGCUCCCAGAGGAUGCUCUGGACAAGGGGCUGGUGAGGCAAUCCCCCAGCAGAGUGCUGGGCUGGGAGGAGGAGCAGAGGGAAAGCCUGCCCCAGCGCUGCGGCUCGGCCUCCAGCCUGAGCAGCGCCGCCAUCAGCAGCCGGCUCCAGGAGCUGGUCAGGCUCUUCAAGGAGAGGACUGAGAAGGUGAAGGAGAAGCUGAUCGACUCCGAUGUCACCUCAGAUGAUGAGAGCCCCGUGGCAUCUCCCACCAAGCCAGCACCUGCAGCAGCACCGGUACCUGCCCCAGGAGGGGAGCUGCAGGGGGACAAGCCUUUGGGGGAUGACCACUACUGUGAGAUGCUGUGCUGCACGUUCAAGCACCAGCCCUGGCUGGACCGCCUGAAAAGCUACAAAUUCCCCAGCAGCAUCGACCCCCUCACCAAUCUGAUGUACGUGCUGUGGCUGUUCUUCGUUGUCAUGGCCUGGAACUGGAACUGCUGGUUGAUCCCUGUCCGCUGGGCUUUCCCCUACCAGACUCCAGCAAACAUCCACUACUGGCUGCUGGUGGAUUACCUCUGUGACCUCAUUUAUCUGCUGGACAUCCUCAUCUUUCAGACCCGCCUGCAGUUCGUGCAGGGGGGAGACAUCAUCACUGACAAAAAGGCCAUGAAAGAGAACUACCUGCGAUCACAGCGCUUCAAGAUGGAUGUGCUGUGCCUCCUGCCCCUGGAUUUCUUCUACUUCAAAGUGGGUGUCAACCCCCUCCUGCGCUUCCCUCGCUGUCUGAAGUACAUGGCCUUCUUCGAGUUCAACAACCGCCUGGAGGCCAUCCUGACCAAGGCAUACAUCUACAGGGUGAUUCGGACCACAGCCUACUUACUGUACAGCCUGCACGUGAACUCCUGCCUCUACUACUGGGCCUCAGCCUACGAAGGGCUGGGCUCCACCACCUGGGUCUAUGAUGGGGAAGGAAACAGCUACAUCCGCUGUUACUACUGGGCAGUGAAGACCCUCAUCACCAUCGGGGGCCUGCCAGACCCCAAGACCCUGUUUGAGAUCGUCUUCCAGCUGCUGAACUACUUCACAGGCGUCUUUGCUUUCUCUGUCAUGAUAGGGCAGAUGAGAGACGUGGUUGGUGCUGCUACUGCAGGACAAACUUACUAUCGGAGCUGCAUGGACAGCACCAUUAAAUACAUGAACUUCUACAGGAUCCCCAGGACAGUUCAGAACAGGGUGAAGACGUGGUACGAGUACACGUGGCACUCCCAAGGCAUGCUAGAUGAGUCAGAGCUGCUGGUGCAGCUGCCGGACAAGAUGAGGCUGGACAUCGCCAUCGAUGUGAACUACAACAUCGUGAGCAAAGUGGCCCUUUUCCAGGGCUGUGACAGACAGAUGAUCUUUGACAUGCUGAAGCGGCUCAAAUCAGUGGUGUACCUGCCCAACGACUACGUGUGCAAGAAGGGAGAAAUAGGCCGUGAGAUGUACAUCAUCCAGGCAGGACAAGUGCAGGUGCUGGGGGGACCUGACGGCAAAUCCGUGCUGGUGACUCUGAAAGCUGGAUCUGUCUUUGGGGAAAUCAGCUUGCUGGCAGCAGGAGGGGGAAAUCGCCGGACAGCGAACGUCGUGGCCCACGGCUUCGCCAACCUUUUUAUUUUGGAGAAGAAAGACUUGAACGAGAUUUUGGUGCAUUACCCGGAGUCUCAGAAGCUGCUGCGUAAGAAAGCCAAGAAAAUGCUGAAAAGCAGCAACAAGCCCAAAGAUGAGAAAGGAGGCCCCGGAGAUCCCCUGAUCAUCCCCCCAAAAGCCGACACCCCCAAGCUGUUCAGGGCUGCCCUGGCUGCCACAGGGAGGAUGGGGGGCAAGGGGCCCCUGGGGCGGCUCCGCUGGAGGCUGAAGGAGCUGCAGGAGCUGCAGGCGAUGCAGGAGGCGCAGGGUUCCUGUGUCAGCCCCACGCCACCAAAAUCACCAGUGCACCACAGAUCGCCUGUCAUGGCUCACAGAGCACAAACCCGCCUGGGAGAGGAAAUAUCCUCAGAAUCUCCUGAUCAUUCAGUCACCAUUCGUGUGAUUUCCACAGCAAAAGAAGAUGAGGAAAUCCUUGCUGCUGAGAUUUCAGAGAAAGAUGAAAAAAAAGAAGAGCAAUGAAAGAGCAGCAGGUCCCGGGGCAGGCGUAGGAGUCAGGCAAAUGCCUGGGCUAGCAGAUUUUUCUUGUUAAUGAUUUCCAUGCAGUGGCUGUAGGUUUUGCUGUGUGCUGUGGGUAGGAUCUGCCUCUCUCUUCUGCCCAGACCCUCAAUCACUGCUGAUAAAACCCUCUCCUAUUUCACCCAGAACCAUAUAAGGUUUCUCUGCUCUGCAGAUCUAUUGAGCACCUUUAUUAAUUUCCCACUAAAUCUCAGGUCAGCCCCCUUGUUUUGAAAUCCAGUCUUGUGGAAGGAGAGCUAUGGAAAAAUUGCUUUUUAUGGCUCUGGAUGGUUAAUGAGUGUUCAGACAAAGCAUGAAGAGUUAUUCACCUCUGACAGCUGAGUCACUGCUUGGCUAGAAACAACCAAGGGAAAAAAAAACAACAAGGUUUCUGUGCUGGGCUCAAGGUUGACAGCAGCAGUGGGGAGUGAUUCAUCUGAAAAGGAUGUGGACUAAGCUCACAGGACAAGCAUGGAGCAAAUCAAGCUGUCAUGAGAGUGCCAAGCUCUGUCCCCAAGUGCACAGACUGCAAGAUGCUUGAGGAUCCCCUCAUGGUGCCAAGACCACCUUGGCUUUGCCACUGGGAAGAAUUCUUGCCAGCUGCCCACUCUGGGAAGGUUGUGGACUCUCCAUUAUUGGGGUUUCUUAUGGGGAGAUUUGAUGAGCAUCUUUCAAGGGUAGAGAAGCACAAUCCUGGAUGAGAGGCUCCUGGAGUUCUUUUCCAACACUGGGAUUUGUCUGUGCUGCCACUGCUGGGAGGGAUAAACAGAGAGCAGGAAGGGAGAAGCUGAGUUGGUUCCCAGCUGGGAGGGGAAAGAGAAGUGCAAUAGGUGUUCUCAUUUCCCAGAAGUUAUUUCAGAGCCUGUAACAUGCCAACAAGUGUGCACAAGUUUGCAGGUGCUCCCCUGCACUCAUUGCUGGACCUCAGUGACAUCCACAUUUCCAGCAGGCAAUUUCCAGCCCUUCAGCCACUUCAGACUGGCUCUUGGCCACAUUUCACACAGAGACAAAAGCCACUCUGGUCCUGCUCAUCACUGAAGUCAUGAAGUCACUCUCCCAGCUGUGCUGGGACUGGGUGCUGGAGGGGAAGGCAAACAUCUGGUCAGCAGCCAGCCCCCAGCUGAUGGCUCAAGGUGUCCCAUCCUCUUCCAGCACCACCAGCUCCUUCCUCAUCCUCCUCAAAGCCAGCAGAGUGAGCUUCUGGCGAGCUGAGAAGAGGUGAGAAGCAGUGCAUGGAUGAGGUUUUGCAGAUCCUCCCCAAGUUUUUGGCUGUCCAUGUUCCCACAGCACCACUGGCUCCAUGGAGAGGAGCCACUUUCCACCCUGUGGAGGAAAAGCUGGGGCAGGUUUUGCUGCAGGGAGCAGCCCUGUCACCGUGGCCAAGGGACUUCUCAGGUGCUCAGAAAUGCAGUGAGCAGUGCUGCAGGUUCCACAGGUCUGGCUGUGGCACAGUCAAGGGUGGCAGUGCUGGUGUCACCCCCUGGGUGAUCCCUCUUCCCAUCAGCAGCACGGAGCUGACCUUCACCUCCUUUGGGAUCUUCUUUUGUUGCUUUUUCCCCCGUCUUGCAAAAGAUAUGAGUUUCUGUGGCAGAAAAUAAAGCCAGAAUAGAUGUUAGCAUUAGCUAAUAAUGUCUUGCUUUCUUUUUAAACAAAUUUAAUGAGCUCCACUGUACUGCAGGAGGGUCUGAAGCCGUCACAUUGCAGGGGAGAGCCUGCACUCAUUCAAACCUCCCUGAAUAUUUCUUAUCCUCAGUCAUUUGCAAGUGGUUUCCUCCCAGGUAGAAGAUUUUGGUAGGGAGUGCAAAGUUUGGGAUUUUUUGCACUCUUUAAAUGAAUAUUUAUAUAAUCAAACCAGGAAAGAUGCAAAAAUCAAACUGGGGCUCUUAUUUACUUCUAUGAUUUAAUAUUCUUUAGAAAAAGUGUUUAAAUAAACACUGGGCUGUAAUUGCUCUCAUAAUUCACUGCAUCUACAAUAAACACCAUGUAGAUUA